UCCAACUAAUCCUGUCUUUAAAUAGAUGUAACCUAAAUGUUAAGAUAACCACCUGUUUCGUAGAACUUGCUGGGGGCAGGACACAGCCUGAAGAAGUCAACAUAGGGAACCAAUUACCUCGGUGUGGAUGCCUUGAACGUCUAUUUCCGCUCGGGUCAGUCUACGACGCGCUGUCUGCGCUUGUGAAAUGCACACAUCAACAAGGAGAUACACCAUUUCUCUCCAUAGCAGUUGUCUCUAGAAACACCUCUACUGCUCGCGACUACCUACCAGAAUGAAUGUGGGUGUGGCACACAGUGAGGUGAACCCAAAUACUCGGGUCAUGAACAGUCGAGGGAUCUGGCUGACCUACGCGCUUGGUGUUGGAACACUUCACAUUGUGCUCUUGAGCAUUCCCUUCUUCAGCGUGCCAGUGGUGUGGACUCUAACUAAUGUCAUACACAACUUUGGAAUGUAUGUGUUUAUGCAUGCAGUGAAAGGCACACCCUUUGAGACCCCUGACCAAGGAAAAGCCAGACUUCUUACACAUUGGGAACAGCUUGACUAUGGAGUGCAGUUCACUUCAUCUAGAAAGUUCUUCACCAUCUCCCCAAUCAUUCUAUACUUCCUGGCAAGUUUCUACACAAAGUAUGACACAGCGCACUUCGUCAUAAACACUGCCUCACUUUUGAGCGUCCUGAUUCCCAAGCUGCCACAGCUACACGGAGUGAGGCUUUUCGGCAUCAACAAGUAUUAAGUUCUAGUAAACGCUGUGCCUCAUAGCAACAUGAGUGAAUCCCUAUUAGUCUGUACCGCCGAUGUGUGUACUAAGUCGUACGGUUUGUGUUAACGUCCCUGUCGUUGUUAGAUAUAUCAGGUUCCAGAUGAAAUGUAAAAAAAACAAAAACAGGAGUAGGUUUGUAGAUGACAGGAUGCCAUGUAUAUUAUUACUAACGUAUGUGAAUAUAAUUUAAUGAUGUAUUUUUGGCCUGCAUAGACCUGGGCUGGCCCAGGCAUCAGUGAGGCUUUUGGCUGAGUAUUUUUUUCUUCUUCUUUUUCUGUCUUUUGCCCUCAAUUUAAAUGGCAACACAAACUGUGAGUACGUUUCUAGCCACAAAGAUGUCCCAAAUGUAUUUUUUCAAAGAUGUUUACUUCCUAAGGGGAGGAUCCAGUGGCUCAUUGUUUAUUGGUACACUCUCAUUUUGUAAUGGGUGUCAGACUUAUGUGAAGACUGGAAUCAUACUCUUUAUUUGCAUGAUGUCCUUGGUAUGUGAAUCCUUUCUAAUUUGUAGCUCAAUCAAAACAGGGCAGGCUUUUUUUUUUUGUGUGUGUGUGAAUUUCAUGUAUGUUAAAGAAAACGUCUUUAAACAAUUAUUGUUGUCAGAUUAAGUGUUUACUGAGGGAGGUCUACAGCGUCUGUGCGAUAAACUUACAUCCAUGUAGUUGCUCUCUUUAGAUUAUGCAUUUUUGCUAUAAACAAAGCAGCUAGUCCUGCUUUGUUUGGCCAUAGCUCAUAGUACUAUUGAUAUUUCUUGUUCUUGAUCUAAUUAAAAUGUUUGCGCCCUCCAAGUGUUC